UUGUUUCCCCACCCCAAAGGUAGCAACUGCAAACUGACUUUGUAAUGUAUUUUUGUCCCUGUGCCAGCCUCUUGGAAACAGCCUCAGUUACAGCACACAACAGAAGCACACAUUUCACCUGCGUGCUCAACUGGAUAGAGACUUGUAGCUACAACACAAAUAACCGAACGCGUUUUUGGAGGAAGAACCAUGAUGCGCAAUUACGCACGGAUCUAAAGGAAUUUGACGUAUUUUUGUAUCUCCGCCUAAGGAUUCGCUGUCCAUAGUUUUGAAUUCUCUCCAUUUACAGAGACGAUAUCUAUGCACGACGUCAUUAGUGCAGCUACAGCCUGUCCUCAACUCUUAACUCUGAAGUUAACCAUCCAGUCCUCUAUGUGCACUGGACAGGAUGGGAUGCUCCACCAGUUCCCAAACUUCCGUGGUAGAUACGACUCGACCCUGUGUUAAGCCCGAGGAGAGCAACGGAUCCAGCACAACAGCCAAUGAGAAUGGCAAAGUAGCUGGUGACUGCGAAACUAUUCCCGACCAGACACCCGCUGGGGGCGGCGAUGCUAAGCCUGCAGAUGAAUCUGCUGCAGCUGCACCUGCAGGGCAGGAGCCUCAGCCUGGGGCAGCCAGUCCGCCUGCAGAGGCAGCAGCAGACAGCACCACAGAGCCUGCAGCUCCUGAGCAAGAAAUAGCGAAAGACACAGCGACCGAUUCCGAGGCCAAAACAGAGGAGGCACCACCGCCCAGUGAGUGAAGUGCAACAGAUGAGUUUUGCUGGAAGUGUCUUUACUUGUUUGUAUGCAUGAGUGAAAGUAUGUGUAGGUGUGUGUUUGCGUGUGAAAGACAUCGCCUUGUUGCCAAGAUGCAGACCCUGCUUUGAUAAAAUCCCUUUCAGCCAGGGUUCCUCAUCACGGUGCCUUCUUCCCCUUAUGAUGACGUAUGGCUGCAGUUUCACCUUUUAAACUGUAUAUAGACAGAGUUCUACAGCACUUAGUGUUUAUUUUCAGAUGGUGUCAUCAUUUUAGGAUAAGUUAAAUUAUAUUUAUUAUCUGUAUAGGAAUUCAUAAUAGCAGAUUUUCGAUUUAACUUGAGCCUAAGAAUUCUUUGCUUUUCUACAAAAUCACAAUUCUAAGGAAACCAAAGCCAAAUUUAUUUGAUUUCUGAACUUAUUUUAUUUUUGGGUAGCCGGCUUUGAUUUUACAACCAUGUUUGUAAUAAAUAUGAAGAGCUGAGGACCGUACACAUCAAUAUAGGAGCAUGAAUUAGAUAAGUGUACAUUUGAAACUUUGUGUGUUUCUGAGGUGUCAUGAUUUCUUUCUGGAAAGAUGGCCUAAAAAUCUGUAAUAAGCUAUGAACUGUCAAAAAAAU